AUAGGAAGCUGCGUGGAAAGUCACAAGCAAAUUCCUCAUCUUUAUGUAUACGCGUAAAGUGGGAAUGUGGGAGGCGAUGGAAAGUCACAAGCAAAUUCCUCUUUUUAGAUAUAUGUACAAGAUCUACUAUAAUAUAUAUAUGCAGACUCUAGAUAUAUAUACUAAUUGCUAUCUAGAUCACUAGCUCCGAGUAAUUUGGCACACAAUUUAGCAAAAAUCCUAUGGCUUCUUCUUUAUCAUCUUCAUCAGUGCCUGGAUCUGAAUAUGAUGUGUUCUUAAGUUUUAGAGGCCCAGACACUCGCAAAACCUUUGUGGCCCAUCUCUACGCCGCUCUGUGUGACAGAGGAAUCAGGACCUUCAAAGAUGACGAAAGGCUUGAGCAAGGAAAAUCCAUAUCUCCAGAGCUCAUCAAAUAUAUUAAUGAAUCAAGAAUUGCUGUGAUCGUCUUCUCCAAAAACUACGCUAAUUCAUUAUGGUGCGUGGAUGAACUGGUGGAGAUCCUUGAAUGCAGGAGGACCAAGGGACAGAUAGUGCUGCCCAUCUUCUACGAUGUGAAACCGGCGCAAGUUCGGAACCAGAAGAGGAGUUUUGCGGAAGCAUUUAGAUACAUAUUCUGCUUUGAAGGUUUUGCAGAAGCAUUUAUAUAUAUGUUCCGUCCUAGAGAGAUGGAAAGGGUGGAGAGACGAAGGAAAGCUUUGAAGGAAGCAGCAAAUCUAUGCGGCUUGGAUUUACAAGAUGCAGCAGAUGGGAACGAAGGCAAGUUUAUCAAAAUAAUUGUUCAAGAGAUUUCAAAAAAAUUGCCUAAACCAUUUCAUGUUGCUGAUUAUGAAGUGGGUAUCAAAGAGCGUGUGGAGAAAAUAAUCAAGUUGCUCGGUGAGGAUCAACUCUUUCUUGGAAUUUGUGGAAUUGGAGGAGCAGGCAAAACAACCCUUGCCAAAGCUAUUUUUAACUGUGUAUCACAAAAAUUUGACCGGAGUUGUUUUCUUAAAAACGUGAGAGAAGAGUCAACAAAGGAUGGUGGUCUAGCUAAAUUACAAAGUGAUCUUCUCAAAGAGGUCCUAAAGGAUGAUACUAUAACAAUAUCAGAUCCUGAUAGGGGAAUCAAGGUGAUAGAGAAUAGACUUUGUAACAAAAGGCUUCUUCUAGUACUUGAUGAUGUAGAUGAUGAACAUACAUUGAAGUACUUAGUUGCAGUAGGACCUGAAUGGCUUGGCAGUGGUAGUAGGAUCAUCAUAACAACUAGAAAUAAAAGAUUGUUGGAUACGUACAGUGUUAAGAUAUACGACAUGGAGUUAUUAGAUGGCAGUGAAGCAUUACAACUUUUUAGUUGGCAUGCAUUCAAGCAAGAGAAGCCUGAAAAUGAUUAUGAAGAACUUUCACACCGUGCGAAGGAUUAUGCAAAUGGCCUUCCACUUGCUCUCGAAGUUUUGGGUUCCCAUUUACAUAAAAGAAGCAAAGAUGAGUGGUUAUCUAUAUUAAAUAGGUUGAAGGCCAACCCUCCCAAAAAAAUUCAUGAUGUUUUAAGGAUAAGUUACGAAGGCCUUACUAAGGAAGAGAAGAAAAUUUUUCUUGAUAUUGCCUGUUUCUUCAAAGGACGCGAUGAGGAAUAUGUCAUGAAUUUUUAUAAAAUGGAUGAAUCGGCAAUGAUUGAGAUAAAAGUACUUAGUGAGAGGUGCCUCAUUAAUAUAUCAAAAGGCAACAAGCUGUCAAUGCAUGACUUGAUACAAGAUAUGGGUCGAGAAAUUGUUGGUCAAGAAUCUGAAAAUCCCGGAAGGCGCAGCAGAUUAUGGUCUUAUGAGGACAUCCAUGAAGUACUCACUCAAAAUACGGUGACAGAAAAUAUUGAAGCUAUUAUGCUGCCCAUGAAUGGAGAGUUGCAUGUAAGAGCUGAUGCCUUCACAAAGAUGAGGAAGCUAAGACUACUCAAAAUCAAUGGCGUGCAGCUUGAUGGAUGUCUUACAUAUCUUUCAAAUGAGUUGAGGUAUCUUGAUUGGGAAGGCUAUCCCCAUGAAUAUUUGCCACACAAUUUUCAUCCAAAAAAACCUGUUUCGCUCCAUUUACCUAAUAGCCUGAUCAAAGGAAUUUCCAUGAAUACAAUAUUUAUGGUAAAAGUCCUUAAUUUCAGCGGCUGCGAAAAUUUGGUAAAUCCUAAUUUUCCGGCGUGCCCCAUUUUGGAGAAAUUGUAUCUUAGAGGUUGUACAAAUUUGGUUGAGGUUGAAUUUGAGGCCGGGAAGCAGUCUUUAAAAGUCAUUGAUCUUAGCUACUGUCAAAAUUUGAAGAAGACACCUAAUUUGUCUGUGCUGCCAUGUUUGGAGGAAUUGGAUUUUGAGGAUUGUAUAAGUCUGGCUGAGGUUCAUCCGUCCAUUAAAUUUCACGAGAGACUUGUUGAGUUGAAUUUUCGCGAGUGUAAAAAUCUGAAGAGUCUCGCAACAAGAAUUCAUUUGAAAUCUGUCAAAAGCAUUGAUCUUAGUUCGUGCUCAAAACUUGAGAAGUUUCCAGAAAUUCAAGGAGAUAUGGAAUGUUUAUACUAUCUUAACUUAAGUGGUACUGCAAUAAUAGAAUUAUCUCCAUCGGUAGCUAAACAUCUCAAAGGGCUUCGCACAUUAUAUAUGGGAAAGUGCGAAAUGCUUGAAAGAUUGGCCGACAAUAUACCUCAAUCAGUUGAAUAUCUCAAAGGGCUUGGGAGUUUGCCAAGCAUUAUUGGUGAAAUGAAGUGUUUGGGGAGUCUUCAAUUGAGUGGAAUUGAUAUAAAAAAGUUUCCAUCAUCCUUUGCACAGUUGACUCACCUUCAAGUCUUGGGGUGUGAUAACUGCAAUUUAGAUGAAGAAUCCAUUCUCAAUCUUCCUCACUCGUUACACAAGUUAGAUCUAAGGAGGAACAAAUUUGCUAGCUUACCAGCAAGCUUCACACAACUUACAAACCUUUAUUAUCUUACUUUGGAUGGUUGCUUAAGCCUCCAAAAAUUGGACUCGCUUCCGUCAUCUAUAAUGAAGCUUUCUGCAGAAGGUUGCUUAAGCCUCCAAACAUUGGACUCGCUUCAAUCAUCUAUAAUAGAACUUUCUGCAGAAGGUUGCUCAUCAUUAGAACGGUGUUCGAUUCCAAAAUGUGAAUUCAGAUUUCAUGGCCAAAUUUUGAAUUUUGGUGAGUGCCACAAAUUGAUUGUGAAUGAUGGUAACAAGAAGCCAAAUAUAUACAAUUCAGAAAGUGAACUUCAGGGAAUUAGUGAAAUCGUUGUUCCAGGAAGUGAGAUUCCAAGUUGGUUCAGCCAUACAUAUGAGAGUGGUAGUGAGGAAGGCAUGACUACUCCGGUGGUGUGUUUGAGCAUUGAUCCAAAUUCUUUCCAUUACCUCAAAGGAGUUUAUGUUUGCGCCGUUUUCGGAAGCAAUCAAAAUGUCUCCCUGAAGGAUAACAUUAUGUUUUCGGAAGCAUAUGACGAACGUACUAGGUAUAUUUCUCUCCAACUUAAUGGUAACAGUGAAAGAGUUCGGAUAGGUGAUUGGGUACAUAGAAUCAGGUCAGAUCACAUGAUGCUCUUUUAUGAAUCACUUAACAAACUUCCUAAAGAUGAUCGAAAAUGCAAUUAUGAUGGGUGUUACAUUCGGGCUUCAAUUGAAACACCAUUUUUGAAGGUGAAAAAGUUGGGUAUUCAUCUAAAAAUGGAAGCUACACAGCAUACCGGAUUCAGAGGUCCACACUCUCUCUCCCCCAAGUGGGCAUUCGACUCCCCCAAGUGGCCAUUCGAGUGGGCAGGGGGCUCUCGCCCCCCCAAGUGGGCAUUCAAAAAAAAAAAAAAUAUAUGAAGAUGAAGAUGAUGUCGAAGAAGAUUGAGAUAAUGAUGAAUGAUCAAUCUUAAACAACAUUCAGGAUUUUGAGAAAGCAUUGGGAGAAGAGUGAAGGACUUGUUUAGGUUGGUAUAAGACGAGAUGUUCCAAAUAAGAAGACAAUGAAGAUGGAAAAAGAAGGAUGCUAGCUGCCUAAUGGCUAAGUUUUUCAAAUUUAUUCAUAUGUCUUGUACCCGGUUUUGUUGAUAACCGAUAUUGAAAGUUUUAUAUUAGUUGAACACGGUUUGUUUUAUUUAGAAACUUUGUUUUUGGCAUGAGAUAUGAAUUGUGCCAUCAUCUCAAAAAGAUUGAAUAGUUUUAAUAAGUUUACCUAAUUUAUUCUCCA